AGGGUUGGCUGCUCCUCCACUUCGGGGAUACCUGCCUCUGGAUUGUUUGAUCCACGCCCCCACCCUCCCACCCACUCCCAAAACGCCCUUCCUACGGCAGUAACCGAACCCCCCUCCGCUCCGUCCUGAUGAAGGAGGCUGACGCCAUCAAGCUGUUUGUGGGGCAGAUUCCCCGGAAUCUGGAGGAGAAGGACCUCAAGCCCAUCUUUGAGCAGUUUGGCAAAAUCUACGAGCUCACUGUGAUAAAGGACAAAUACACCGGCAUGCACAAAGGAUGUGCGUUCCUGACGUACUGUGCAAGGGAGUCUGCAUUGAAAGCCCAGAGCGCCCUUCAUGAGCAAAAAACACUACCAGGGAUGAAUCGGCCCAUCCAGGUGAAACCUGCAGACAGUGAAGGCAGAGGAGAGGACAGGAAGUUGUUUGUGGGAAUGCUGGGAAAGCAACAGAGCGAUGAGGAUGUUCGAAGGCUUUUCGAGCCCUUUGGCAGCAUCGACGAGUGCACUGUGUUGAGAGGACCCGACGGGACCAGCAAAGGGUGUGCAUUUGUAAAAUUCCAGGGACACGCCGAAGCCCAGGCUGCAAUCAAUAGCCUGCACGGGAGUCGUACAAUGCCUGGUGCGUCUUCCAGUCUGGUGGUGAAGUUUGCCGACACAGAGAAGGAGCGGGGGCUCAGGAGAAUGCAGCAAGUGGCCUCCCAGCUCGGCAUCUUUAGUCCCAUGACCCUCAACUUUCCCGCCUACAACGCCUACACGCAGGCGGUCAAUGCUCAGCUUGUCCAACAGCAGGCCCUAGUCGCCCAGUCGGCGUACUUGUCCCCCGUGGCGACAGUCGCCGCCGUACAGAUGCAGCAGAUGGCGGCGCUCAAUGCCAAUGGAAUCAUCGCCACGCCCAUUACGCCCAUUACGCCGUCUUCAGGGACAAACACACCGCCGACUAUCGCAGCUACCCCUGUGCCAGCUCUCCCUCCGCCAAUAGGAGUAAACGGUUACGGCAGCGUGCCUGCACCAACCAACGGGCAACAGGGAACCGAAACAUUGUACACCAAUGGCGUCCACACAUAUCAAGCUCAGACUCCAGCAACCUUGGACCCACUACAGCAAGCUUAUGCCGGCAUGCAGCAUUAUACAGCAGCGUAUCCCGCUGCCUACGGAUUGGUCGGCCAGCCGUUCCCCCAGCAGCCAACACUGGUUGCCCAGCAACACCAGCAGCCCCAGCAACAGCAGCAAAGAGAAGGUCCAGAGGGAUGCAACAUCUUCAUCUACCACCUGCCGCAAGAGUUCAGUGAUUCCGAGAUGCUGCAGAUGUUCUUGCCCUUUGGCAAUGUCAUCUCGGCUAAGGUUUUUGUUGACCGGGCCACCAACCAGAGCAAAUGUUUUGGAUUUGUAAGUUUCGACAACCCAGCCAGCGCUCAGGCUGCCAUCCAGGCGAUGAAUGGCUUCCAGAUCGGCAUGAAGAGACUGAAAGUGCAACUGAAGAGGCCCAAGGAUGCCAACCGCCCGUACUGAGUGACAACAGAGAGGAGGGAGGAUGAAAACAUAAAGGACCCCCAUCACUACGGCAAUGAUCGCCUCGUGAGCGAUAAAGCCCAGACCCCCUCCCCUUCCUCUAUAACAUUGUUGUAAGUUGAUUGGUCGGCCUGUGUUUGGGUUGCCGUGGCAAUUGAUUGUCGGCAUUGGUUGGUCUUUGUGUCGUCUCCUCCAGCAAGCAGCUAUGCGCUGACUUGCAAGUCUUGUUGCCGAGGUGACCGGAGACUGUCUUCAGUGGAUUGUGUUACAAUUUUUUUUAUUGACCCGUGCACGUACACUGAUCAAUAACGGUCAAAAGUCACCAGAGUACACACAAUAAAUAGGACUGGACAUUUGUUGCUUACGCACAGCAGUUAUUUGAGUCAUUUUACGCUUUUGAUUCUUUAGUCACUUUGUUUUUGAUCAGUUUCUGUGGGUUUUGUGUCGUUAUUAUUUAUGUGAACAGAUAACUGGAGCACACACAUGCAUGUGUCAGAAGAGAUACUAUUCCUGACAUAUGAAUAUAUAUUGAACACGUCUCCAGGGCAUCAGUCGACAUGUUAUAGUUCAAUUCACACUAUUAUUUGAUCAUUCAAAAAACAGUAAAAUGCUUCUUCUGCUAUUGUUUUACAAUUAUAACAUACUGUCUAUUCUCUCAAUGGUUGUUUUAAAUAUAGACUGAAUGAGCAACAAUAUGAAUAUACUUUCAAUAAUUUCAAUGAAUACAUAGAUAUUAAUUACAAAAAGAAAAUUUAUAUUUUAGCUUACUCCUUGAUUCCAUUAUUGUUGUAUUUGGUAGUUGUACAUUAAGCUUCAGAAGGAGGUAAAACCACAAUAUAUAUAAUCAUAAUGACUAAUAAUAUUGAAAAAUAGUAAUAACAACAUGAAUUUAAAUUUAAUUUAAAAUCAAAAAUUAAAAAAUGUACACAUGCAACUACAAAAUAAAUCAAUAAUGGAACAUUUUGAAAAUGAUAUACUGUAGA